AUGGUUGAACAAAUGCUCGAUUCUCUUUCGUCUACUGGGGGAAAUUUAUCGUCCAUAGAGGCUUUAAAUGUAAAAGAAGUAGUUCCUGAAAGCAAUGUGAAGAAGUCGAUCUUACCACUUGAUCUUGUCGACAGUGAAUUAAGUGAUGAGUGUGAUAACAAUAUUGAUUCUCCACCUUCAAAUCAAAUACAUUCAUUUGAUGAAAAUAAUGAGUUAUGGACUAUUAAAGAUGAUAUUGAAGAAACAAAAGAAAAAGUUGGUCGCUGGACACUUAGCUCUGGUGCAGCUAAAAAGGUAUCUAAAAGUAAAUCUGGCGGGCGCAAUAUAAGUCAUUCUAAACCAAGUAACAUAGAAGAAGAAAGACUUCAAAUCCAUAGUGAAUCACAACGACUUGUACGAGAAGCUGAUGUACAUUUACCAGUCCAUAGACCUAAACAGUUUAAAUGUUUCAGUGAGUUUCGUCAGUCUCUAAAAGGUUGCAAGUCAAAUGAAACUGAAAGUUGUGAAACCUCAUCUCAAAAUAAAUUACUUUACGAUUGUAACUCUCAUCUUCCACUAAUUCCAGGACAAUCUACCCAAAAUGAAGAGACUGAAAAUAAAAUGGAUACCAAACCAUUCGUCUCACAAUGUUGUUCAGCCGACUAUCCUGUCGACAUUGAUUGCACCACUUUGGAACCACCAUCAAUGUCAUCUGAUGCCAAACCAUCACUCGAUGUUACAAGCGAACCAGAUGUAAUAACCAGUGAAUCAAUCCCUACUUCAAUGUCAUCUGUAACUCCUAGUCAAUUAUUGGCUCGUUUAAAAUCUCAUCUUCACGUGUCUCAUGAAAAAGUUGUACGUGGACCCAUCCAAUAUUCAAUCAUAACAAAGGUACAAAGCACUGACGCUGAACGUGAAGAACUACAGGUAGAAACAGUUACACAUGAACCAUCCAAAGGAUUAUCAACAACUAUGUCAGUUAGUAGAAAACAUUGGUUGGAACACAGAAAAGUUCUCGAAGAAAAAAUGCGUCAAAAAAGACUAGAGCAGUAUGAAAUGCGGUUAAAGGAAGAGGGUACAUGUCCAAAGUCAACAAAUGAAAAUACUGGGGAAGUAUCCAAUAGUGACGAAGAAUGGUCAGAAGGAGAUGCAAAUGACAGUGAAAUAUCCGAUGGAAACUCAACUACCGAGGAAGAAAGUAGUAGUGAUGGUGAAAGCGAAGAAGAAGAAGAAGAAGGAAAAGAAAGUGAAAAUGACGAAGUAUUUUCAGAGGCCAAUGAUCUUGAAGAUGAAGAGGCUCUAACAUGUAAAGAUUCUGCGGAUGUAAAACAAAACAAAUCUUGCAGUAAAACUAAUAAUCUAAACAUAGAUUUUGGAAAAAAUAUUGUCAGGUCUCACACCCCUCAGAAACAACAUCUGCAGUUGGAUGAUUUCACAGAUCUACCACAGGAAAGCGCAGGGUUUAAACUUUUUUCAUCUUGCAAUAAUGGUUACAGUUUAAGUCUUCCACAAAGACAUCACGGAACUCUAGGUCCUGCUGAUAUAGACCUUUUCGCAUCUGAAUGUUCUAGUAUUCUAGACAGAACUAUGAAUCCUCAGUCUAUAUUGGCCUCUACUCGUUUAGAUGCAACUACCAUCGGUGACGAAAACAAGUCUCGAUUUACCCGUAAUUCAUCUUCUCAUAGUCAAUGGAAUAAUACACCUUAUGAAUUACUGUAUUCUCAAAAGCCAAACAGUCAAUUGCUAGCUUCCAGAUCAGAGUCUGUCACUCAAGAGUCCACUGAUGACAAUCAUAUAAUGACGUCUAACCCUCAUAAUAUAUCAUCUCAGGACACGGUCUUAUUAUCUGAGGAACCAACUCAACUAACAUCUCAGCUAGAUCCUACGAUUAUAAUAUCUGAGGAAACGAAUUCAAGUCUUCAAUCACAAGUUCUCCACGAAAACCGUCGUCAUCUGUUCGGUGAAUCAGUGAGUGACCAGUCAGGAUUGUUUGUGGACAUCCUUACAAAGUCAAGUGUCGAAAACAGCAAUGCUGAUUCUCAGGUUCACCAUGAAAAUCGUCACAAUCUCUUCGGUGGAUCGAUGUGUGACAAAUCUCAAGUAGUUAUGGAUCCGGUCACAACUAAAUCCUUUGAUGAGAAUGAUGAUAUAGAUUCUCAGGUUCUCCAUAACGAUCGUUGUAAUCUUUUUGGAGGAUCAAUUAACAACCAAUCACAAGAACUUAUCGAUGAGACUACAAAAUCAAUCACAGAUUCCCUAACUAAUCACGAUAAUCAUCGUAUUUUGUUUGGAGGAUCAAUAGGUACUCAGUCGCAAGCUUUCAUGGAUUUGGCUGAUGAUAAUGAUCUGGAUUCCCAGAUUCAACAUGAGAAGCAUGGUAAUCUAUUCAGCGGAUCAAUAUGUGUCCCGUCACAAGAAUCAACAAAUGAAGUGAAAAACUCAAUUAUCAAUAGUGAUAAUUCAGAUUCUCAUGAAAACUGUCGUAAUCCAUUUGGCGAGUCUAUAUGUAACCAAUCACAAGGCUUUGUCAAUGAAAGUGUAAAGUCAGCUGUAAAUAAUCAUGAUGAUCCAGACUUUCAGGAUUCUGAGCACCCUAUUUCUGUGUUUACGACUCAAAAUUCAUCUCGUCGACGAAUUUUAGUUUUUGAUGAAGAUGAUGAAGAAGAAGGGAAUGAAGAAAAGAAGGAUAAUAGCUGUAUUGAACCAGCUUCUCUCAUACGGAAUAAUCCUUUUAAGUCCACAUCAGAAUCUAAUUUUACUGGUGACAAUUUGCCAGAAGUACUCCAUACAGAUGAUAAUUUGGAAUUAGAGGAUAAGAGCUCAAGUGUUGAUGAAUCAGAUGAUCAUACUAUUGAAGCAGGAGAUGAUGAAGAAAAUAUUGAUCCUGAUGAUAUAACUCACGAAGAUAAUGGCAGUGAUGAUGACGAGUCCUCGGAAAGAGAUGAAGAGGAAGAAAAAGACAAUUAUCUUGAUGAUGAAGAGGAAGUUCAACGUCUAACUGUACAGUCGAAUGAAACUAAAAAAAAGAAAAAAUUUCGUAUAAACGACUUUGUGGAUGAAGAAGCCGAAUUGUCUGGUGAUGAAAAUGAACGAGCAUAUUUCAUGGACGAUGAAGAUGAAUUAGAUCCCAAUGAUGAUGCUAAUGAAGAAUUCGCUGACUUAAUUGACGAAGAUGAUUCAGAUAUUCCAUCAGCUGGUCGUUUAAGACGUCAAAUUGAACGUGUACACCACCGCCUUCAAACUGAUCAAGAUCUACGUGAAAUACGUUAUCUAAAGGAACUUUAUUUUGAAGACGGUGAUUUACAUGCUGAAAAUGGACGAGUUCGUCAGAGACGUUUUCGUUGGCGCGGUUUAGAUAAUGAUGAUCCAUUUAAUGAUCAAAUAAACAUGGAUAAUAGUGGUGGUGAUGAUGAUAAUUCAAGUGAAGAUGAAAAUCAUGGUAUACCUUUUGGUCCUAUAGACAAUUGGUUACGUCGUGGUCCAAUGAAAUCCUCGAAUGAUGAAAAUAAUCAAUCCAUUGAAAAUGAUUAUUUAGACUCUGACACAAUACAUUCAUCAUCUAAUAAACAAACAAAUGAUAAAGAUCAUAAUGAUUCAGUAUUUGAAUCUGAUGAAGAAAUGGAAAAUUCGAAAAUAGUAACUGAUGAUUUAUCAAAUGGUGUUUUAUCUUUAGGAAAAAAGGCUUUACUAAAAUCUCAAACGAAGUUGAAAACUCAAAUAGUUGUACGUAAUAAGUUACCAGUCAAUCGUGGAAAGACCAUCAAACCAUCGUCUACGCUUAGAAGCCCAUUGAUCUCUAAUUAUUUCUUGCAACCCAAACCUCAUAAUCUACCUAUUAAUGAAGGUGUUACUAAUGAUACAGAUAAUAAUAGUAAAGUUGACAAUGUUAUCAUUUCUAAUCAUAAUAAUGAUAAACCAAUUGCUCCUGUAAAAUUUAAUGUUAACAAUACUGGUAGUGAUGUAAGACUUCAAAUGAUCAGACGUGGUUCUCUAUUGAGUCGUUUUGCUGGGGGCCUCGUUCCUGGUUGUAAAUCUGAAACUACCCAAAUUCAUUCAAAUGUUAACGAUGGUUUCGAUGUCGGUUCGUCAAAAAGUGAAAGUCGUCGCGACCAAACACAUCUAGAUUUACGGAGCAAGGUCGGUCUAUCUUGCUUUAGUGUUAUGACGGCUCAAAUUAAACCGGAAAAAUUCGACCCAUUUGAUGAUAACGGUGCAUCUAACCAGAAUUCUCUAAGAUCCCGUAAUUUCGCCAUUAAGCAAAAACGACCAGUUGAUGUGAUUAAACCUAAUUCUGUUUUGUUAAGUCCUCCAAGUUUGAAACGCCAUCGAUCUACUAGUGUGUUUACUGCUCUUCUGUGAAUAAUCUUCUACUCUGUUUUGUUCAGUAAACUGUGAAGAUUUAUUUGAAAAAGCCUUUCAUGUUUUAUAUAUUCCUUUGCUGUAGUUAAUAAAUCCAUGUACUAUAAGCUUUGUUUAA